AUGGUCAACUCCUGUUGUGGCUCUGUCUGCUCUGAGGAGGGCUGUGGCCAAGGCUGCUGCCAGCCCAGCUGCUGCCAGACCACCUGCUGUAGGACCACCUGCUGCCGCCCCAGCUGCUGUGUGUCCAGCUGCUGCAGGCCCAGCUGCUGUCAGUCUGUCUGCUGCCAGCCCACCUGCUGCCGCCCCAGCUGUUGUGUGUCCAGCUGCUGCAGGCCCAGCUGCUGUGUGUCCAGCUGCUGCAGACCCCAGUGUUGCCAGUCUGUGUGCUGCCAACCCACCUGCUGCCGUCCCAGCUGCUGCCGCCCCAGCUGCUGUCGCCCCAGCUGCUGCAUCUCCAGCUGCUGUCAGCCCUGCUGUGGUGGUUCCAGUUGCUGCAGCCCCUGCUGCCGCCCCUGCUGCCGCCCUUGCUGCUGUCUGAGACCAGUCUGUGGUCAGGUCUGCUGCCAAAGCACUUGCUACCGUCCCACCUGUGUCAUCUCCACCUGCCCCCGCCCCAUGUGCUGUGCCACCCCCUGCUGCUGCUAA